AUGGCAGCACUGCCCGUCUUUGUGGUCUACUGGGCUCUCAAGGCAUCGGUAGAUAAAUAUAAAGACAGCUUCUCGCCUCGAAUCGCACUCGCCGGAUCCUCUCGCAUGACCCGUGAGGCCUCGAUACACACGCUGACGAUUACCAAGCGAGAGCUGAAGCGGCUCCAGCAUAAGUGGCACAACCGUAUCUCGGAUCUCCAGCGAGUCAUGAUCUUUCACCGCCUCCGGGACGAUCGUGCUCAUCUCAUAGCGCUCAAAGAGGCUCAAGUCGUCAAUCAGCGAUUGGUCCAGGCGAUUCAUCUCGUCUCCUCGCUGAAGCUUCAAAGAGGCAGCCCACGGAGAAAGGCAGCCAUGCUGGCAUAUGAAAACAUGCCGACCGGCUUGAGAGAUCUUGGAUAUCCGCUUCCCAUACCACCCAAGAGCGCUAAGAAGCUCGAAAUGGUCGUUGGCGAUCGCCUGCAGCGCGAGAUCAUUGACAAGGUCGAACGCAGACUCAACCUCGUCGCAGACAUCUACGGUCUCGAUCGAGACCAUUCGGGCAUCAGGCAUGCACUGCGCAGUGAUCGCCGCUGCUACGGAGGCGAUAUACCCGAGGAUCUGGUCGACCCGUUGCCACUCUAUGUCAAAACUGAUGCCGAGCUCCAGCCUAGCGGAGACCAAGCCGAGCCACCUGCGUUUCAUGCAUAG